CGCGGCGCUGCCAUUGCGCAGGUUCCAUUCCCGGCGCUGCCAUUCCCGGCCUGUCUCUUUCUGGCCAUGUACCGGCCAGGGUUCCGCGCGCCCACACCUCCCUACGCGGGCGGCGGCUUCCGGAGCCCCCCCUCCGGCGGAGGGCCCCUGCCGCCCUCCCCGCGGGGCUACGGGAGCCCCCACCACACGCCGCCCUACGGGUCCCGGCCCGGCCCGUACGGCGGCGGCCUCUCGCCCCGCGGGCCCGGGUUCCAGGGGCGCUUCGGGAGCCCCUCGCCGGGGGCGCAGACACCGCGCAGGCCGCAGAGCGUCAGCCCCCGGUACCCGGCUCCCUACGGCGGCGCGGCCGCGGCCGGGGCGCCCCUGCACCUGCCGUCGCAGCACAAGCGCUCACCCGGGGGCUUCCAGAGGCACUUCCAGGGAUCACCCAGGACAUCUACUCCAUUUGGUACAGCGCAUGGCAGAGAGAAAAGAGUGUCUAAUGAUGUGGAAAACUAUUACAGACCUUCAAUGCUUGAGGACCCAUGGGCUGGCCUAGAGCCAGUUUCUGUUACAGACAUAAACCAGCAAUACAGCAGUGAGCAAACAACAUGUACUGGUAAAAAAGGGAGGUAUUUCAGCUAACACUUUUAAAGGCCAAAUAACUCCAUCUUGUCAGGAAAACUUUGGGACAAAAUCUUAACACUCACACAAGAUGAACAAUAAUCAAGACCUUAGAUAAUGCUUUUAUUUGAACAUAUGUCCACCCUUUUAUCCUACUUUUUUUUUUUAUUGCAUUGGAUAUUUUUAUGUAUGGGACAGAAAAGGAGUGGUAGGAAACCUUACAUUUCUGGCUAUGUGGAAGUGCCUACCAGCUUUGAAGAACAAAGUGUUCUUUAAUCACCAGCGACUGAUAUGUGACUGUUAAAACAGGUUUCCUUAUAUUACCUCUUCCAUGCCAGAUUGUUAGCCUUUUAUUGUAAAGUACUUUAGGAAGUGGUAUUUUUUUAUGUUUCAACAUUUUUAGAAUGAAGUAACUUGGAAAUAAAAUAAAGUUUUGUAAA